CUCGGAACACUACCAGCAAGGCGACGCGGCGGCUGCAGUCAUGGUCGCUGAGCCUGCGGCGGCGCAAAUGGGGCUCGAGGAACUGCUGGGUCGACCUGGAGAGGCUGCCUCCGGGACUGGCCCUGGACGCUGAGCCGUGGUGGGGUCCCCACCAGUGCUGCGAGGGCACGUGAUUGACAGUGGGCGCAUCGGAGGAGCGGGACAACCACUUUAGGGGGUCCCGCCGCUCAUCCCCGGGGGUCACCGCGGGGGCCCAGCGCCGCCUCGGUCGAGCCCAGGGCGCCCCUGGAUGGCUGAGUUGCCCUCUCGCUGGCCGCCCGGGCGCCACAGCAGCUGAGCUCGCCGGGAUCCCCGGGCUGCUGCCGCCCUCGCGGUCCCCUGCAUGCCCGGCGCCCGGGUCGCAGCCCACCUGGACGCGUUGGGUCCCCUGGUCCCCUACGUGCCACCGCCGCUGCUGCCCUCUAUGUUCUACGUGGGCCUGUUCUUCGUCAAUGUGCUGAUCCUAUACUACGCCUUCCUCAUGGAGUACAUCGUCCUCAACGUCGGCCUCGUCUUCCUGCCCGAAGACAUGGACCAGGCACUUGUGGACCUCGGCGUGCUCUCUGAUCCUGGCUCGGGCCUCUAUGAUGCCGACUCGGAGCUCGACGUCUUCGAUAGUUAUUUGGAAUAGGUCUCACUCUCCCACCUCCUCCCACCCACCCCCUACGACCUGCAACCGUCCCCCCGGACCAGCCAUCCGAUCAUGCCGCCGCUGCUGGUUGAGGGCACCGUCUGGCCAGGGAUGGGACCUCCAGGACAAGGUCCUCUCCGGCCUUUGAGGCCUGCCUGUUCCCUUCAAAAGUUUCUGUGCCAACAGAGAGGCCCCUACCCAGACCCAGGAUGGUGGGACGGAGGGGCUGAGACUGAAUGACGAGGUUGGGAAGACAUUUGUCCCCCUCCCCAAAGGGAGAAGUCGGGGAUGUGCGAAGACCUUACCCACCUGCAGCAUUGCACAAAUGGCCUUGCCUUGGCUCUGACCUUUCACAGCUGCAAUGGAUGUUUACAGGAACCCAGCCAGCAUAUGCCUCCCUGCUCUUUAACCCUGACUGCACCUGCUUUCCCCACUUAACGUUCAAGAGAACACUUCAAGCUGCAGACACAGACAUGAAAGCGACAGUCAACUCCAGCUGAUGCCUGGAGCCCUUCGCCCAGCUGGGUGCGGCCCAGGCUGAUCUUGGAUGCAGCGACUGUUUCAGGGAGUGACUCCGGAGGAAGAGGCAAGGAAUGUGUCCGGGGCUAAAGGCGGGGUAUCGACUUAUUCAUUUCAAGUUGCUUCUUCAUCCAGUUACCAAAACUGAUCCAUCGUGGCAGGAGAAGGCCAUGUUGCUCCUCUGGCCAGAAAUAUUUUUAGAAAAUGUGAAUGGUAUGAAUACUGGACUUUGAUAAACCUGUAAAAGCAAUACUUAGGAGGCUAAUUUCUUUCAAUUAAAAAAAAAUGUAUGCAACUUCAA